GUUGUUGUCGGAGAUCGAAGAAGAAGACGUUGCGCAGCCGCCGCAGUGUUAACCCCAAACGUUUAAUUGUUAAACCUUCGUGUGCAACAGUGCUUCAUUUAAAGUGAAUAUUUAGUGAAAAUCGCGAAAAUCUUCGCAUUUGGGAAUUUAGCAUGGCUUAUUACAGGGAAUAUGAAGAUUAUGGUAAUCAGAGAGAAUAUGAUGACCGCAGAGGUUAUGAUAAAAACAGAGGUUAUGAUACUCGCAGAGAUAGUAACAACAGAGGUGCUGGUCAUAGGAGUCCUCAUCGAAAAAUGAUGUCAAGGGAAAAAGCAGAAAAUAUUUUAGAUGUGGAGGCGAGAUUUCGUGACUUCUGGUAUCUAGAUAAUGGAGAAGAUAAUCGUGACCGGCUUCAGGACGCAAUCGAUGUUGUAUAUAACACGGUCCCAGGAAAUGAUUAUGUAAUUGAUUACAUGGAAUGCCAGAAUAGCUGCCGUUUGAAAGUCAAAUGUUUGACUUGCAACGUCGAGUUGACAGGCUAUGAUCCUUUCAUUACUCAUGAAAAGGGAAAACCACAUAAAAAGGUACGACAGCAGAUCAUCUGUAUCAAGGAUCCCAACAUAAAAGCAGAGCUGACAAAACAGCCACAUAACCUUACGAAAGGAAUCUUUGAACCAAAUUCAUUAGAAGACAUGAUUGAUCACUGCAAAGAAACCAUCCUGGGAGUCCACUUUCUUUAUAAGGAAGUGAGAGAAAGGCCGUAUUUCACUUGCACACUUUGCCUUAAGGAGAAGGGGAGCAAGGUGUCUACCGUCAGUUCAAACAAGAUGUAUAAACAUCUUCUGGGGACCACUCACAAUAAAAAAUACAUGAGUGUCAAGUUUGGAAUUAGCCAAAGAAAUGGUUUCCAAAAUAUUCUUCUUGAAUACGAGAGGUUUGAAGGAAAAAUACACGCUCCUAUAAUAGAUUUCACAAAUCAGAUGGUUCUUGCAACGGUAAAAAAGGAAGAGAUAAAAAUGGAACCGGAAACAAAAUUCAAACCUUUUCCAGUGAAACGGGAGCGGUCGGACUCUGAAGAAUCAACGUCAGGGAGGUCAAGAAAGAAACUAAUCAGGACUCCCAGUCCUGCAAUUUUUAUGAAAACAGAAAUAAUAUCGCCAACUGCGUCUCCUAUAAGAGAAUUGCCCCAAGUCAUGGCACCUAUAAGAGAAUUCCCCCAAGUCAUGGCUCCUGCAUCCAAGGAUGCAGAAACAAUGACUGAAAACCCAAGAAGUUCUUCACCAAUUUUCCAACUUUUAGAAGAAUCAGCAAACCUAAAGUUGCCAGGUGCAUGCAACUUACUGCAGGAGGACCCCUUCAUGGUACGUUUACUCUGCGACGGGUUGAUAGAAUUAAACAGGAAAAAAGCCGUCUUGUUCAAGGACCAGGGUGUAAUGUGCUGGGAUUUCAAAGGAGAAGUAGUAAACAAAGCUUAUGAUUGUGCCAUGGAUCUUGAAAGAAAGCAUCUACUGGAACUCAAAGCGAUGUUAGAAGAGAUGUUAUAAAAGUAAUAGAACAUUGUCUAUGUACUUACCUUAUAGGAAUACAGUACCAUUGCAUUUUAUGCUGGAACAGUUUAUAAAUUCUUGUGUACAUCAAGGAAGUGUGCAGAUCUAGAUGGCACUCAUAACUAAAUCUGCAGGAAAAGUAUCAUUUUUUUUAGAAAGAGUGAUCAUUUCUUUUCAGUGCAUAUUUUUGUAUUCUUUGUCAGUGCAUAUUUUUGUAUUCUAUGUAUCAAUGGUAUGUAUAUUUUUUUAAUGCUAAGGAGUGUACAUUUAACUAGCAGUCGUUUUUUUUUUAUAUACACUGAUUCGCUCAAAGGUUUUAAAUAUUUUAAGUUGAGGUAUAACUCUAUAAUAAAAAAAAGAGGAUAGGACACCUUUGCUUUUUCAGCAUGUUGCAUUAAGUUAGCGUAUACUGUUCCAUUUAUUAUGCCCGAGAUUAUUGUGAUAUCUGUGAAGUUUCCUUUACUGAAACGGUUUACAAAUGUGAGGAGGUAGGUAAGGUUAGUUUGUAGUUCUUUUCUGUUUGAUUUAGCUCAUCCACCUUCAGAUUUUCUUCAGUCUAUUUAUUUUCUCAAACAUUUGUUUGUGUCGUUCAAACAUUUGUUGGUGUCCCUCUCCUUGCUGCAGAAAAUGUAAGUUGGAAAGUGAUAUUCACAACAUUGCAGGUCCUUGUGUGUUGAGUAGUACAUAUUGUCUGUACCCAUGAGUAUUAAACUCAUUUUAAUGCAUUUUUCAUCACCGAGUGAUAGAAUAAUACUAUACUUAUAUGCUGUGCCUUGUACUUUAUGGUACUAUACUGAUUGUUAUUGUAAUAGUCAUUGGUCCAUAUUUAAGGUCAGAAUGUUGUAUCUUGUCCUUGUCUGUCUUAUGUCAAGUCCAUGAAUCAUUUAGUUUUCACCAGUAUUUUUGUUUUUUAUUUUCAUAUUUCUUCUUUAAAAUGUUAAAGAAUUGAUGAAGUACUCCCCCACAAAAAUUGCUUACAGCAUUUGCUAUUUGUAUAAGGAAGAAGAAAAGUUGAGUUAAACAAACAAAAAUAUAGAAUUUUUAUUGGUAUGAAGUUGAACAGUGUAUUACAACCCAAGUAUUAUUGCUGUGCAGAAGUGUGGAUGCACCUGUGUAACAGUCCAGGGGUUUGCAUCAAUAUUUCCACCAAAUCCAUUGUUAGAAUUUUUUCAUUGUAAUGUAGUUCUAACAGUUCUGGUGUGCUAUAUUUCAGAGCCUAAAAAUUUGUAAAAAUCUCGUAACAAACUGGAAACAGUACAUUGUCUCCAAACAACACAAAUAGACUGAAGUAUUUCUGAGACUUCAGUAUUUCUGAUCUUACAACAAUAGUGUAAAAAAAAAGCAUAAAAUGCUAUAAAAAUUCCAAAAAUAUCCUCCUGUUCUUCAUUUCUGAUAUAUUUUCCGUAUCUUGAGUAUUUUAGCUGACAUCUGCUUAUAUAUCAUCAGCUUGAUCUGGUAGCCGGGCUUUUGUCAUCUGAUAAAUUUAUCGUCGUACUGCAUUGUUUCUUCUUGCUCAUGAUUACUUUGUCUUUUCUUUGGUUUCUUUUUGCAUGGAAGAAAAUUGACUUGUAAGACACCAAAGCAGAUGAACAUAUUGACUCCUAUACAUGAUUCAAUAUGUCUGUUUUAAUUGUACAGGUCUCUUGUAUUUGGACAUACAUGUGUGUUUUUGUGUGUAUGUGUGGAUGUAAGAAUCAUACAUAUUGGUUUAUGUGUUGUUACCUUUUCUUUAUUGCCAAACCCUAUGGGUAUCCAGAAUAAUGAAAAUGGUUAAUAACCACUGACUACCUCGGACCAACAAUUAAUCUGGGUCAUUGGGAUCUAUUAGGAGCUAAGGGAUUUCAUCACUAGUCAAUUUCUUUGAAAAGCAUGUUUUAGGAAAACCUAUGUUUGGUAGCUGCUGUGAGUCCUCAAACCUUCCCACUUUCCCUGAAGAAAAGGUAUGGGACUUGGGUGAACAUUUUUCUUGCUCAGACCUGGCAUCUUAUGAAGAUGUCAUAGACUUGUUGUCACAUCUGCGUAAUCAUUUUAGGAGUCCCUUAUAUUCUAUCACUGUGCCAACAUGCAUUAUUCUGGCUGAGACCAACUAUAAGGGACAUUUUUGUAAUUGUUGGUCAGUCUUAUGGAGCCCUUGGGGGGGGUGGGGGACCAUGAGAAAGUAACUCUUUUGAGGACUCACAGCAGGUACCAAAAAUAGGUUUUUACUGUGUUAAUACCUGCUUUAGAGUUGUCCAGCAAAGAAAUGUCUAAUGUUAUAUUUACUUCAUGCUGAGCACUGUAACAUUAUUUAAUAGAUAUUUUGACAAGAUUUUUGCAUUAGUUGUUAAUACUAAAUUUCUGUAAUAUACUACUGUAUAGCAUUUGUUUGUAGUGUAACUUUUGCCAAAGGUAAGAAGGAGUAUUUUUUGUAUCUGUGAGGUCUUUCAUUGAUUGUGUAAAUAUUUACAGUACAAUGUGCUUUUAACUUGAUCACUGCUGUGAAAGUAGUAAGGAGCUCUUUUGUUUUUUGUUUUUUUUUUAAAUAUUGUGCAUGUUUGGUUAGUAUAUAAACUAUAAUUCCCAAGGAAGUAUUACCUUUUGUCUUUGUCAAUUUAUGCUCAAGCUGUGCUGAUUUCAGGAAGAGCACUUUAUUUAGCUUGCAAAGCAGUGUUUAGGUUGAACAGGAUAAAAAUACCAAAGUUUUUAUAGUGAGUCUGGAUAGUUUGAAAGGAGAUUUUUUCAUUGAUAUAAGUAUUGUGUUGAAAAGCUGUUGAAUAGAUUACCCUUUGCCCCAUUUGUUGUUAACUUAGAUCUCUCUCAGCGUCUUUGUUAAAUUUUGAAUUCACCUCAAAGUUUCAGUGACCUAUCACUGUUGACUGACUUUUUUUUCGAGUAUAAAAAGAGAAUUCACACUUGGUUUACACACAAGCUUGUUACUGAAUUCUCACAUCCUUGUAAAAUCUUGAACACUUCAUUUGUUUGUUUGUUUGUAUGGUGUUU